GCCAAUUGGCUGUCAGUAGGUAGUAGCUGGUAGUGCACUGCGGUUGCUGCUCGCUGUCCGUCGUCGAGCGUUCUUAGACAAUAAUAAUAAUUAUUAUAGUAGGCCUACUAUUAACGCAUAUCGGUGUUAAUAAUUUAUUUUGUUUUCAUCGUCUUCACUUUCACCUUUUUUCGUUAGUGCUACACCAGUGUUGUGUUGUGUUGUUGUUGUUCGACCAAUGUUUUUGUAUUAAUUAAUCGAAAUAAAUGUCGACGGUAACUUAAUAAUAAUUGCAAAGCAGAUACAACACACGGGUCGUUCGCGUUCAACAAAUUAACCAAUAAACACAAACAAGGCUUGUUGAAAUGGCUGAAGCUCAUUCAGCAGUUGCGUUUUCGUUUUCAAUUACCCAUGAAGGCUGGGAUGUUAACUUUGACCGUGAAGUGUUGAAUCUUGUUUGGGCUUCUGGAAUACGUUCGUGGAAAAAACGUUUAGCUAGAUUUAAAAAUAGCGUACGCAAUGGAAUUUUCCCUGCUCCUUUACAAAGUCUCUGGGCAAUGAUGGGGAUCGUCUUCAGUCUUCGUUAUACCAAUAAUACCUUUGGAAAACUUACAAACGCUAUUGUAUCUUUUUUACCUGCGGACACAUUUGUAUGGAAAAUUGUUUCGUGCUUUAUUUUAUCAUUGAUAUUCUGGUUGAUUACGAUUUAUAUGAUACGAUACACACUAAAGCUUUUGUUCAUGUAUAAAGGGUGGAUGUUUGAAGCCAGAGGAGGUGGAAAAAAAGUAUCAACCUCCACCAAACUUUGGGCAUUAGCUGUGAAGUUACUCUCUACCUCGAGUAAACCAUUAUUGUAUAGCUACCAAGGUUCUUUGCCGAAGCUUCCACUACCUCCAGUUAAACAAACAAUGGAAAGGUAUUUGAGAAGUGUUCGUCCGUUGUUGAAUGAUACUGAAUACGAAAGCAUGGUAAAAUUAGCUAGUGAAUUUGAAAAUGGGAUAGCUGUUAAGUUACAGCGAUACUUAUCUCUGAAAUCUUGGUGGUCCAGUAACUAUGUUUCAGACUGGUGGGAAGAAUAUGUGUAUUUAAGAAGUCGAACACCUUUGAUAGUCAAUUCAAAUUUCUAUGGUAUUGAUGCUAUUAUGAUGCAUUCAACAACCGUCCAAGCCGCUCGCGGUGCUAUGAUUAUUUGGCAGUGUUUACAAUAUAGAAGACUAAUUGAGCGUCAGGAACUUGAGCCGAUAAGGCUUCAGGGAUUGGUUCCCUUAUGUUCGUGGCAGUACGAGAGAAUAUUCAACACAACCCGUGUACCUGGUGCAGUGAGUGACAAAUUGGUACAUUACAACGACAGUCGACAUAUUGUUGUGUAUCACGCUGGAAGAUAUUUUAAAGUCAUCAUUUAUUAUCAAAAUCGGAUUCUACAACCUUGCGAAAUUGAAGUACAAAUUCAGUCGAUUCUCGACAACAAAGAACAACCGUACACAGGAGAGGAAAAAGUAGCUGCGUUAACAGCUGGAGAUCGAACAGCUUGGGCCAAUGCUCGUACGGAGUUUUUCUUCAAAGGCAUCAACCGACAAAGUUUGGACGCCAUCGAAAAAUCCGCUUUCGUAGUCGCUUUAGACGAUGUCCCAUACGAGUACGAUGAAAAAAAUUCUAAAAAAUUAGACGAAUACGGAAGAAUCUUAAUGACCGGCAAAGGAUACGAUCGUUGGUUCGAUAAAUCGUUUACUCUUUGCAUUGGAUCAAACGGAAGAGUUGGGUUUAACGCAGAACACUCGUGGGCUGAUGCAGCGGUUAUGUCUCACCUUUGGGAGUUCAUAAUGUUUACCGAAGCUGCAAAACUUGGAUACCAAGCGGAUGGACAUACUAAAGGUACGCCCGAGUUUGAACCGCCUAAACCUAUAAGACUCCAGUGGAAUUUGGAUCCAGCUUUAGAUGCUAUUGAAAAGUCAUAUCAAGUUGCUUUGGAGUUGGUCAACGAUAUCGACCUCCGGAUUUUGGCAUUUUCCGACUACGGCAAGGGAUUCAUGAAAACGGCCAAAAUUAGCCCAGACGCUUAUAUUCAAAUGGCUUUGCAAUUGGCAUACUACAGAGAUGCCGGCAAGUUUAGUCUUACCUAUGAAGCUUCUAUGACACGUUUGUAUCGAGAAGGUAGGACUGAAACGGUUCGACCGUGUACUCUCGAGUCAUCGGCUUGGGUCAAAUGCAUGUUGGAUCCCAAUACCUCACUGAAUGAACGUAUUCAACUGCUGAAAGAAGCUUGCGCAAUCCACCAAAAGGGUUACCAAGACGCAAUGUGUGGCAAAGGAAUCGAUAGACAUUUAUUCUGUUUGUACGUCGUUUCCAAAUAUCUCGAAGUGGAAUCGCCAUUUUUAAAUAAAGUAUUAAGUGAGCCGUGGCGUUUGUCCACGUCGCAAACUCCACACGGUCAAACCAAUCAGUUUGAUCUGAAGAAGUUCCCCAAUUGCAUAUCAGCCGGAGGCGGAUUUGGUCCCGUCGCCAACGACGGAUAUGGUGUCAGUUACAUUAUAGCCGGUGAAAAUUUAAUUUUCUUUCAUAUAUCUAGUAAACGAAAUUCACCUCACACUGAUUCAAGCAGAUUUGCAGAAAGAAUCAGUGAAGCUCUCAACGACAUAAGAUCAAUGAUUUCGGACUGGCAACAGAGUGCGAAAUAAAAUACGAAAAGGUUAAUUAAUAUGACUGCAAAGAAAAAAUUGUUUCUCCAACUCUGUAACGCUUUUUAUAGUACUUCUGGAAGUACCGUGUGCUUUGUCGUUGUGAUAUUCUUAUUUCUUAACUACUUUAAGCCUUAGCUCUCUCUCUUUAAUUAUUAACAUGAUUUAGGAUUGUUUAUGUAUUAUUUUCAGAAACGAUGAGUAUUUUUAUUUUAAAAUAACAUUUAUAAAAAAUAUGUAUUUAAUUAUUUUUAAAUAAUUUGUUUGUUUUUGGUGGUAUUAUUUUAGUGUUUACUAUUUUUUUUAAUUUGUAAUUAUUAGGCAACUGAAACCAGUUAAAUGUUAACGUUCGUACAAUGUAUUCACAGUACAAUAUACGUUUAAAUGUAUUUACAUUCGAUACAGUACCGUACGUAUUAUUUCGUUUUAAAUUUUAGUACGGUAGUUGUUAUUAUUAAUGCUAUAUAUUAGAUUAAUUUGUUGACUUAAAUCAAAACGUUGAAAAUAAAAACAA